AUGACUGGGCAGGGACAGGAAGAAGUUAUUUCGGGUGUACGAAAACUCGAAGGCCGUUUCCGCAGCCCUCAUGCGGUGCUAUUCCCUAAUCAAUUGCCUGGAUGUCUUCAGUGGGCGUUUUGGAGAGCUUAUCUGCCAGCUGUACGACGGAAAGGAGUGUGCAUUCACUUGGCGGGUACAGGGGAUCAUUCCUAUAUUAGGCGCGAAUUGGGCUUCGUCAAUGGUCUUUUAGAAGAAGGUAUCGGAUCAAUUCUUCUACAAAAUCCCUUCUAUGCGGAUCGUAAACCACCAUCACAAUUUCGAUCGUCGCUUGAGAGUGUUUCCGAUCUAUAUGUAAUGGGAGCAGCACUAAUCUCCGAGUGCAACUUUCUUAGGUCGUGGGCAACUUCUGAAGGUUAUGGACCGAUGGCUUUGUCGGGAGUCUCUAUGGGUGGGUUUAUGGCAUCCCUAGCUGCGACGAACGCAAGUACACCAGUUGCGGUUAUUCCAUGUCUAUCAUGGACCACGGCUAGACCCGCUUUCACGGAAGGAGCUCUACGAUCCGCCAUUAGAUUUGAGCAUCUUCAACAGCAGCUCGAAGACCGAAGUUACCUUGACCAGCUACGAAGCAUCCCUGGAGUGAACUGGGUUGAUGAAAUGUAUGAACGGAACGCCUCCAAUGGUCGAGGAUUGGCAUAUAACAUGAUGUGUAUACUAAUGGACGAGUUCACAUUAUUAUCCAACUAUCCAGUGCCACUCGAUACGUCACUGUGCACAGCGGUUGUGGCAGAAAACGAUGCUUACGUACUGCGUGGUCACGGUUCUCCGCAUUUCCGGCAAGUGUGGCCGGGAAUGCGAGUUCUCGAAAUCAAUGGUGCGGGACAUGUAACCGCGUACCUACAAGGACAUGAAGUUUUCCGGGAUGCCAUAGUGCAAACAUUACGUCGCAUGGAACCGGUUUCCUAA